AUGAUGCAGUCGGUGGCCGCCCGACUGGCCCCAACGCCCGGGUUGCGGCAGGCUGAAUGCUCCAGAGUGCCCUCUCACUGGCUGAGAGCAGAGCGGCACGAGAACCGCGCUUUCCCGGCUAAAGAACCGCUCUUCAGCAAGCUGCUGGCAGCUUGUCGCCUCCGCCGCCCGCAAGGAGGAGGAGGUACCCCAGCUCGCGCCGCACCGCUGCCUUACGCGCGUCCAUGUUACCUAGGCAACGGGAGCAGAGGUCGCAGCGAGAGCCAGCGCGCGGGUCCUCGGAAGAAGCGCCGUAACUGUGCCACUAGGUGGGCUGGGACCCAGCUGCGGGACUCGACCGUACCCAGGAAAGAGAUUCUCCCAGGGGGCAUCUGUCUCUCAGUCCUUGGCCAUAUGGUCUUGACUACUGCGAGCAUCUUCCAUGCCGGCUCUAAGCCAGAUCGCAAUAAAUGCUUCAAGUGUGGACGAUCUGGUCCCCAGACCCAGGAAUGCUCUACCAGAGGAGGCCAUGGAUUUGGAAUGAGAAGCUAUGGCAAAGACAUCUGUUAUCGCUGUGAUGAGUCUGGUCAUCUUGCCAAGGAGUGUGAUCUCCAGGAGAAUGAAGCCUGCUCUCACUGCCAUAGAGGUGGUCACAUUGCCAAGGACUGCAAGGAGCCCAAGAGAGAGCAAGAGCAGUGUUGCUACAACUGUGGCAAACCAGGCCAUCUGGCUCAUGACAGUGGCCACGCUGAUGAGCAGGAAUGUUAUUCUUGCAGAGAAUUUGGACAUAUUCAAACAGACUGCACCAAAGUCAAGUGUUAUAGGUGUGGUAAAAUUGGUCACGUAGCCAUCAACAGCAGCAAGACAAGUGAAGCCAACUGCUACCGCUGUGGCGAAUCAGAGCACCUUGCACAGGAAUGCACAACUGAGGCUACAACUUAA